GAAAUCUUGGCUUUAAUUUUCCAGCUGUGAGGGAGGACGGCCAUAUAUAAAUGAAAAGAGGGGAGGUCGGUGGGAAGUAAGGAGUGCGUCUCUCUAUGCGAUUGUGGGCGUCGUUUUGCAGUGGAAGAAGCGGAAAUGGGCGAGGGAGAUCACUUCCACAAGGGCCUGCUCCUCCGCCUCUUCCUCAUCUCCUGCUUCCUCCCGUUUCCGGCAGUACUGUCCAAGACCCACUACUAUGACUUCGUCGUGGCACCAAAGUUGUACACAAGGCUGUGUGAAGAGAAGGAGACACUAACAAUCAAUGGCCAAUACCCUGGACCAACCCUGUACGUCAACAGAGGGGAUCGACUUCUGGUCAACGUCAUCAACAACGGUCCCUAUGCCAUCACUAUCCACUGGCAUGGGCUGCUGAACCCGAGGAAUCCGUGGUCCGAUGGGCCAGAAUGCAUCACGAUGUGCGCCGUGCAACCAGGGGCCAAUUUCACCCACGACCUGCGCUUCUCCACGGAGGAAGGCACCCUUUGGUACCAUGCCCACAGUGACUGGACCCGGUGGAUGCUCCAUGGUGCCGUCGUUAUCUACCCGAAGAUCGGAGCUAGCUACCCUUUCCCUCCACCGGACAAGGAGUAUGUUGCAGUUCUGGGUGAAUGGUGGACACUUAACGUGAUGGAGAUGUUCCUAGGAAGAGUGCGGGAUGGUGGAGAAUUCAAUAAUUCUGAUGCAUACACCAUUAACGGCCAGCCAGGUGAUAUGUACUCAUGCUCAGCAGCAGGAACAAGCCGUUUUCUAGUUGAGCAAGGCAAUACUUAUCUUUUUCGACUUGUGAAUGCUGCAAUGACCACAUCACUCUUUGUUGCAGUGGCAAACCAUUCGCUUACAGUUGUUGGUAGAGAUGGGUCUUAUCUGAAGCCCUUUGAUAAUGAGUUAGUCGUAGUAAGCCCUGGACAAACUGUGGAUUUUCUUUUACAUGCCAACCAAACAAAGGGUCUCUAUUACAUGGCUGCUAGUUCUUACACACCUGAUGGGGCAGCCACUCUGGCCGACAACACAACCACAGCAAUAGUUGAAUAUGAAGGCUACAACACUUCCCAGACCUCACCCUCAUCUCCAGACCUCCCAGCCGUUGAUGACAUCCAUGCAGCAUAUGAAUUUGUCUCAAAGGAGAGAAGUUUAGCCUCUGCUGAUCACCCUGUUGAUGUCCCAACAGAAAUUGACACAAGGUUGCUCUAUACCAUGUCCAUGAACCUUGGACUUUGCCCUAACAGCAGUUGCAAGAAUCUAGAGGGGACAAGGUAUGCUGCUAGUUUGAACAAUGUGUCGUUUGUUAGUCCAUCAAUUGACAUCUUAGAGGCCUACUAUCAAAGCUUGAACGACAUUUACACAACUGAUUUUCCAAGCUUUCCGCCAUAUUUAUUCAAUUUUACAUCUGAGACUUACCCAAACGAGCUCGUAUAUUCUGAUGCUGGGACAAAAGUGAAGGUGCUGAACUAUAAUCAGACAGUUGAGCUUGUGUUUCAAGCAACCAGCCUUCUAAGAUCAGAUGCCCAUCCCAUGCAUUUACAUGGCUAUGAUUUCUAUGUGGUUGGACGAGGUUUUGGAAACUUUGAUCCUGAGAAGGACCCACUCAAUUACAAUUUGGUUGAUCCACCUCUGGAGAACACUAUUGCAGUUCCAUAUUUAGGAUGGGCUGCUGUGAGGUUUAGAGCAAACAACCCAGGAGUUUGGCUUCUUCACUGCCACCUAGAACGCCACUAUACUUGGGGGAUGGUUACAGUUUUUAUUGUGAAGGAUGGUCCAACAAACGAGACAAGCAUGUUGCCUCCACCUUCAUAUAUGCCCAAAUGUUUGGAUCCAGAUGUUAUUGAAAAAGCUGGGCAUUUUGGCACGAUGAAACCUUCAGAUCGGUCACUAGAAGAUAUGGGAGCUUUUAACUAAAUUGCGGUGAGACGUGGGCAAUGAUAAAUGUGAAUGAGUCACCAAUAAAACGAUGUCUAGCUAGUGAUGGUAGAAACUCAUUGAUAGAUUAUUCAAGUAGUGUAUCGCCACUGCAAACAUCUUGUACUCUUAACAAUGUUAUCCAUAUCAUAUUGCAAGGAGGAUCAUCGUACGAUA